AUUGGAUUAACUUCCAACUUCGAAUAAGUUAGUAGUUCCAAAUAAGUAUGGAAUGUAUUAUUUGCAGUAUUUUUCAUAUCAACCCGCACCUUCAAUGUACCGUUAGGGGGCGCUAAUGUUAGAUGACGCUUCUGUUUUCAGGCCCCGAGGUUUAUUACGUCAUCUCCAGGAAGUAGGAAGUAAAUCGUCUUGUUGGCUGUUGCGCCUGUGUCAUGAGGUAGUAAUUGUGGGGAAAAAGCCGGCAUGUGUAUGUAUGAUAGUCAGUUGGCCUCUCUGCGGUCAGUGAUGCUUGGGGGCGAACAGAUGGGUGAGGUGAUGAAGAAUUCCACCGGUGAACGAACUGGACCAGGUGAGACCGAGGACCAGCAGGUCUCUUUCCCGUGUCCAUCGCUGCUCAGGAGGAAGGUGGUUCUUCACAUGGACCUGAACAACACAAUCCUGGUGUCGGACAGCGUUACUAAACAGGGGACCGUCGCGGCUCUGGACUGCUUCCUGUCCACUGUCACCUGGGGACGACUGCGACAAGGUAAAUGGGAGUGGAUGUCUGAUUCCCCCUCCCUCUUGCCACCAUGUGAGGGUACUGUAAGCUACUACUCGCAGUUUGGGCGGGUGGCAAAUUUCACGAAGACUCCUGCAGGGCGCCGCUUCAGAGGUCUUCUUGAAGAGCAUCUGGCGAUGCUACGGUGGCCUGCAGGCCACAAGGAGGACCGAGACCUCUCUGUGAGGGGGGAAGAUGGCCAGCUGUACCACUGGAUACUGCCCUCCUUCUUCCAGCUGCUGCAGGAUUUAGGCUCGCAGGGCCGGGAGUUUGCUAUCCUCUUUCGCACAUUUGGUACAGAUUUGCCACGCCUGCUGGGUACCCUGCAGAGGGUGCUGACGCAGGGUUGCCACCCACUCUUCCCUGAUCUCCCUGCACUCAAACUGAGCAUCAAUGUGGUACCAGGCCGGAUCCGCCGCAGCCGGAAGGGCACCAGUCUGAGCCGGGCGGAGGAGCAUGUGUCCUACCAAGAUGGGGAGCGGAGUCUGUACCAGUACUUCAGCUCUGUCCAGGGCCUGGGGGGUUUCCAAGACCACUUUGAUUGGUGGGCUCGGAACACUUACUCCAUUCUGGGUGGGAAGCCACUGUUGGUUGACCCCUAUGAUCACAGGGUGCAGCAUAUCUUCAUAGAUGACAACAUCCGUCAAGAUGACAAGGAUACCAUUGUUCAUCCAAAGGUGUUUUUGGAACCUGGUGCUACACAGACCAGGACGGCCUCCACCUUGGAGCUGUAUGAUAUUUGCUUGGUGCAGAACCACCUGUUGAAGGCCAUCUCAGACCACAGUUACUUUACCCAAUGUGUCCAGAUCUGCUUGGAGAACUAUGAGACAAACUUAAUGCAGGGUGCCUGUUGAGGACACACACUCUCAAGCGAUGUACUUGCGUUAUAAAGUGAACUAAAUUAAAGGUAUUAAAGGUAUGUGAUGGUGCUCCAUAGGAUUAAUAGUUGAAUGGUGACAAAACGGGAUACUGGAGAUUCAGCUGUUCAGUGUCCCAAUUUAAAAAGAGGCCCCCUGUGGUUCACUCUAAUUCAACAGUUAAGUCACUUUCAAAUAAUAAAUGUUUCUUGUGUAAACGCACAGCUCCCAGUUCAGUAACUAAGUGUAAUGGGCCUGGACAAGGUCACAACAGGACACUUCCUGCUCCUUUCCACAGGGACUUUGACAGGGAUUAAGGUUUCAGUGAAUAUCACAAUAUGUCAUGUUGUCCUCUGUGACUCAGGGCUUGAUUUGAAGUCCCAGUUCUGUCCUCGUGGCUCCUUCUCGGCUGAUUUUAUUUUUCCCAUUAACGUUGUGCAGACAGUGUUUUCAUCUGGUCUGCUGUGUGACAUGAUCAGUGGAGAAAUGACUAAGGAGACUGGGCCCUACAGCUGGAAUUGCACUCUCAAAGCAGCCAAAAAUGAAGGGUGUUCAUUACAUUGCUGAUGUGGUGUACAACAUGUCAAAUUAUGGAUUGUUUUUACAGAAACUCUCCCAAGUGUUACAGAAAAUAGCCAGGAUGUCAACUUUUUUUCUUCUGCAACUCUGAGAAGUUGACACAUUGAAACAGUGGUUAUAGGUUGAAAUGCAAGUUAUAAAUUUAUGAAGUUGAGAUAAAUAAGCCAGUAUCUAGAUAUCUUCCAGCUUUCAAAAUAAGACACUCCUAGAAGUUUAUUUUUAAUUAGAAAAGAACAUAACAGAAGUAGGUCAUAACAUUAAAACAGGAAGAGUAUACUGAGACAAUGCAACAUUUUAAUUUUGUUAUUGAAAUAAUUUUAUUAAGGAUGGCUUGCUUGCUUACUUAGCAAUGGUUGCACUCUGCCAGAAGAAUGCUUUACUACUGUGUACCUCCAAAUAGGCCUCUGCUAGUACUAAUUACGAUCUUUUUAAUAUCUGGUAUUAGUUUAAAUGUAUUAAAGUUGCACUAUUUCAUUAUGUUUCAGUUCAUACUGAGAAAAUAAUUUGAAGUAUUGCAGCAGAGGUGUCAUCUUGGAAAUCUUGUUAAAUGAGGGAAACAUCCUGCCGUCAAAUUAAUAAUACUUUUUUCCAAGGGAAAUAUCAGCUUGGAUUUUAAUAAAGGCUUUUGUUUUGUCUUUUGCCAAAAGUAGGAAGAGACAUUUUACAAGUGACAUGACAGUACUUUAUGGAGUGAACCCAUGUUAUACCCACCAUAAUUAGUAUUAACACAGGCUGCGCGGGGAAGCGCACUGGACCAUUAAACCAGGCUGCCGCUCUUCAGAAGUGUGACAGUGGUGUGGAUGUCUUCGUCCUGCUGUGGGAUCAUGGAGCGGUAGUUGCAAUUAUACCGUUGUGUCAGAAGUCGUAAAACUUAAUGGAAUCACUGCUUGUACCCUGGAAGGUUGCAUAUCCCCUAUUACAUAUUUAUUAAAAUGGAGCAUCUAUAGUGCAAUAUGAAGACAUUUUACAAAAAGAGGAAUAACAAGACAAGAGUGCACCAGGUUUUUUAGAAUUGCUUCAUACUAGAUUUUUUGUUUUGUGUGUGUGGGGAGAGAGAGGAGGGUCUGGGGGCCAUGUCUCUAAAGAUCGAUAGAUUCUGGUGGAAAAUGCUUGGAAAUUGAUCCUUAAGAACACCUGAAGUCUUUUUGGGCUGAGUAUUAUAUUUUAAGAUUUACAGUUUGGGGGGCGAAGGGAGUGUGGUGGCGCAGUGGGUUCG